AUGAUAUGUAACAUCAACAAUCCCUGUUUGAACUAUCCAACGCCCGGGGAGACACCAGGCCAAGUCAACAACUUCCACAACUCCAUAGUUGCAGGGAUGUUAAUAGAGCUGCAAACCCUCGUGGUGAACGGGUCGAUUCUCAGUAAGGCUCAGCUGCUGGCGGAUGACAUUGAACAGUGGUCUUCAGUCCUGUCACAGUCCAACCCUGGCAAUGCUCAACCAGUGAUCCUGAGGACUAUCCUCAGAGACAAGGAGACUUUCUCCAAUCAUCUGGACGAGAAUUUGUCCGUGCCGCCAGAAGUGGUCAGAAGCCUCAUGAAUGCACAGAUAAAACUAAACCAAAUGACGGGAAUCCCACGGCCAGGCAGCCUGAGGAGCAUCCUGUGUGAGGGGACAGAUCUGGAUCAGUAUGUCCAAUUUAGCAGCCAAGCUGAAAAGGAGGCAUUUCAAAAUGUCAGCUGCUCCCUCACUCCACAGCAGCUGAUUAACACCCAGCAAGUUCUCCUGCAGAACCUGGACGAGAGGAAAGUGCUUUCGGAGCUUCCGGCAUCAUUGGAUCUUAAUGCAAUAGACACAGCAGCACUGUUGAGGAAAACUACACAAGAUGCACAACCAGUGUUUGAGGAGGUGGCCAGGCUGCAGAACUCUAUGAUAUUUAAGGCUGCUAGUUCAUUGGAUUUCCAAAAUAACAUGAUGGGCAGUAUGAAUAUGCUUCUCUGUGAGAAGCAGUCCGAUUUCAAUUCCACCAACAUGUACGUCAGUUCACGCUCAUCUGGCCUGAUGGAAAACAUCAAUUUACUGUCCACAAUGGGCAACAGUUCAGAUGAUUUUUGUCAGACUCUGGUCGACACCCUGGAGGGCACACCUGGUCUGCGCGUGAUUUGGAGCACCUUCAGGCCGUUAUUGCAGGGGAAGGUCCUCUACGCUCCCGAUACACCUGCUGCUCGCCUCAUUGUGAAGGAGGCGAACAGCACAUUCAACGCCUUGGCCAUGCUAAAAGAACUGGCAGAUUCCUGGGAUGAGCUCGGGCCACGUGUCUGGGACUUCCUUCAAAACAGCACUCAAGUCAAUGCAGUGCGGGCUUUGCUGGCCAAUCCAGUGUUUGCCAUUGCCCUCAACCAGGGUCUAGGCGGCACAGCAUGGACUGCUGAGCAAUUGGAAAACUUCCUGUACAACGGGCCCCCAGAGGACCGUCCACCCGGCAUGCCGCCCCAAGACUGGCGGGAUUUGUACAACACCACAACCGAAAUGCUGAAGCUUCUCUCCAAGUUCCUCGGU